CCACCGUCCUCUCCUGCGCGGCAAUAUUCUUUCAGGGAGUGCUCGGAGAUUAGGGCGGCCUCACGCGGGAUUACCGGCGGACAUACAGGAAUAUAUUCCGCUCCGGCAGCUCAGCCAAUCGGCCGCCCCACAUUUCGACCUCGCGCGUUUCGCCAUGAAGUUCAGCUCGUCGCUCAAGUUCAAUGCGGUGGCAGAGUGGUGGGACGAGUACAUUGCCUAUGAGGCGUUGAAGAAGCACGUCUACCAACUCGAGAAGCAGAAAGUGGGUCUCCAGGAGUCUUUCCACGACCUCGAGGCGAAUGAGCACUCCGCUCUUAUCGGCGCGGGCGCGGACGCAGCGAGCACGGACGCGCUCUUCAUCCCUCUCCUCGACCGCGAACUCAAGAAGGUCUGCCUGUUCUAUGAGACGGAGGAGCAGCGCCUGUCGGACGAAGUCACCGCGCUACAGCAGGAGGUUGAGCAGCACGAGCUGAACGGGCCGUAUGCGGGGCCUCAGUACUUGGACGACGAGGACCCAGACGAUGAAGACGACGACGAUUUCGACCUGCACAGUCCCAUCCGGAGCGGCGAGUCUCCUGCGCGGCAGCGCCGUCGACAUUCUCGCUCGCUUAGCGCUGGAGUAGGACCGUCAGGCAGCAAGCUGAAGUUCGGCGGCACACGCAGGUAUAGCGUCUCGUCCGACGAGCACGACGAGAUCGAGGCGAGCACCGCGUCUCUUGACCCGAACGCCGAGCAGCACGGAGCAGGGCGCGGCGCCAGCCGGUCACCAUUAGUUCGGGCGAAGUCCAUUGCGAAUAAGCUGAAAGACAGCCUCAUUUCGACGGGCUCAACGAGCUCACAACCGGAAACAGUGUGGAACGCGCGCAACAACUACGCGCAGGAUACGCAGCUGCUUUUCAAGCGCAAGAUCACGCGAACAUAUGUCCUCGCGACGUCGCUGCGGUCCUAUGUGGAGCUUAACUACGCGGGGUUCCGCAAGAUCCUGAAGAAGUACGACAAGGUGACGGACAGCGACCUGCAGGACCGCUACCUGCAUGGGGUGGUCGAACAGUCGGCGCCCUUCCAGCAAGCAUCCAAGGACCGACUGAGCAGCAAGAUUUCGGCGCUCGUGGACCUGUACGCGCGCUGUGUUACACAUGGGGACGCGGUGGAGGGCCGCAGGCAGCUCAAGCUGCACCAGCGCGAGCACAUUGCCUGGGAGCGCGACACCGUGUGGAGGCAGAUGAUAGGCCACGCGCGGCGCGGCGGGAGCGACGACGCGGGCAUGGCCACGAUGGGCGGCACCCUGAUCAUCGAGCCGGAGCAGGGGCUCCUAAACGUGCAGACGCCGCUGGGCCGCAUAAAGCUGACGACGAAGAUGUUAUACGCGGUCGUGGCGGUUGUGGUGUUCCUAGUGCUGCUGAACGUACAGACGGUGGACGGCGCGGAAGCGAACAAGUGCAUGGCAAUCCUCGUGUUCGCGACGAUCCUGUGGGCAACGGAGGCUAUCCCGCUCUUCGUAACGUCUACGCUCAUACCUGCACUGCUGGUAGUCCUGCAUGUUAUUCGCGCGCCGGAUGGAGAGCCUCUGCCACCACCUGCCGCCACUAAGCACGUAUUCUCCGUCAUGUUUUCGCCCACCAUUAUGCUCCUCAUCGGCGGUUUUACCAUCGCGUCCGCACUCAGCAAGACUGCCAUCGACCGCGUGCUCAUCACGAAGGUCCUCAGCUUGGCGGGCACGCGGCCAAGCACCGUUCUACUCGCGUUCAUGGGCGUCGCGUGCUUCGCGAGUAUGUGGAUCAGCAAUGUCGCGGCACCUACGCUGUGCUUCACCCUCAUCCAGCCUAUAUUGCGGACGCUCCCCCCGAAGUCCUCGUUCGCUCCGUGCCUCAUCAUCGGCAUCGCGCUCGCAGCCAACAUCGGCGGCCAGAGCUCUCCCAUCUCCUCCCCGCAGAACCUCAUUGCGCUCGCCGCGAUGGACCCCCCUCUCGACUGGGGUUCAUGGUUCGCGGUCUCGCUGCCCGUCUCCGCGAUCUCGAUCGUGCUCAUCUGGCUGUUGCUGCUCGUGAGCUACCGUCCCGCGCGCUCGCCCGACGGCGAGGGCGACAUCGAGAUCAAGCCCGUGCGUGCGCCGAAGGAGCGCUUUUCCGCGAAGCAGUGGUGGGUCUCGUUCGUGUGUCUGCUCACGAUCGCGCUAUGGUGCGUUGCGCACUCGAUCCAGGACGUCGUCGGGGAUAUGGGCGUGAUCGCGAUCCUGCCCAUCGUCGCGUUCUUUUCGACGGGCGUGCUCAAGAAGGAUGACUUCGAGCAGUUCCUGUGGACCGUCGUGUUCAUUGCCAUGGGCGGUAUCGCGCUCGGCAACGGCGUCACGAACAGCGGGCUGCUGGAGGUCCUCGGUGACGGGAUCCGCAGCGCCAUCUCGGGCCUCGACUUGUACCCCGUCGUACUGCUCCUUUCCGUCAUCGUAUUGGUAAUUUCGACGUUCAUCAGCCACACCAUCGCGAGUGUGUUGCUCGUACCGAUCGCGAAGGAAGUGGGCGCAAGCAUGCCGGGCGACCGCUCCAACCUGCUCAUCUUCAUCACCGGCCUGAUCUGCUCGACCGGCAUGGGCAUGCCUGUCUCUGGGUUCCCCAACCAGACCGCUGCUACACAAGAGGACGAGAUGGGCCAGUUAUACCUGUCCAACGUCGACUUCCUGAAGAACGGGGUGCCUGCGAGUAUCAUCGCGACAUUUGUUGUAGCCACGGUCGGAUACCUGCUCAUGAAAGCCAUUGGACUAUGAUACUCAAGAUCACGGCCUCGAUGUACGCCCUUCCAACGUACAAUGUUUCCUUGCUUGGCUCUCGUUCGCACCUGGACCCGGGCACCUAUCUAAUGCACACUGGUCUCGAAUAUAUCGCAUGUAUAGAACAUACCUACAUU